GUUGAUACAUUACAUUGACGACGGACGAACGAGAUUCUCGGUUACCUAUCGCUUUCUUGUUUGAUUGAUUUAUUUGUUAUGUUUAUCUUAUAUUAAAUAUAUCUCAAUAUCACAGGCAGCUAUACAUUUCAUUAAGUCAUAAUGUUUUUGCAUUUAUUUGUGGUUCGGCGUAUGUAAAUGGAAAAGCUCAUGGAAGUAUUGCAUUGCACUGUAUUUAAACUUGUUUUAAUUACAUGUUAUUUAGCCCUUUUCAAAAAAACUGGUUUUAAGUACAAUUAUUGCAUUUCUUGAAUCAAACUCGAUUACAAUAUGUCUGACCCUACUAUUCAAACAUUUUGCUGCCAUCACAAUGAUAAUAAAACAGGAGUUGCAAUUAAAAUUAUGGAUGAAUUUAAUACUGAAUCGUACAAUACAGUUUGUUUAGUUUCGUCUACUAUUGGAAUAUUGGGUGCCAUGUACCAGAUCUUUCAAAAUGGAGCCCAGAGAUUGCACAGUCCAAGUAGGGGACGCAGUAUUAUUAUGUGGUUAGCAGUAGCAGAUCUUUUAGCAUCUCUAGGUGUUUUAGUUCGAUCAUCAUUUUGGCUGAGAUAUAAAAAUAUUAUGCCACUGCCAGAUGAUGAAUUCAGUGUUUUAUUUUGCAGCAUAUCAUCAGCGUGGACGCAAUAUUUUUAUACAGCUACGUGGUUUUGGACUCUAUUCUACGCAAUAGACACUUGCCAAUCAAUAAAAGGUCAUGACACGCGCCCCCUGCUUUAUCACUCUUUGGCUUGGGGUAUACCAGCGGCUACAACAAGUAUUGGGCUUUCAAUUCUGUACAUUCCAAAUGCUACGUGCCAUAACUUAACAUCCCUUUCGAGCGUUCUUCUGAGAAUUCUACCUAAUUAUUGUGCUACUUAUGUACCAAUAGCCUUAGUAAUGAUAUUAAACCCUAUUAUAUACAUGAUGGCUGGAAGGAAUAUCGAAAUGGCGAUUGCCUUACCUUUAGCACAGUUUACGAGUAAAGAAAGAAGGGUUGUCGAUGCAUUGCGACUGAAAUUUUUCUUGAUAAACGUGGUUUUCUAUGUGUGCUGGUUGCCUAAUCUCAUAAACGGCAUUCUGAUUUGGACCAUGUGGUUUAAUAUGCCAGUAAAAGUUAUUAUCACGAUUUGGUACAUCAUGGCACUAAUGAAUCCCAUGCAAGCCUUAUUAAAUGCGAUGGUUUAUCGAAAAUGGAAUUUGACGGACAGAAGAUUUCGUCCGACAUUUCACUAUCAAAACAAAAAUUUGGAUUUCAACGAUGAACAAUCACCACUACUGGGAUCGGAGCCGCCCCGUUUGUUGUUAGCACCAAUUCCCUCUACAAUUAAUAAUUAUGCUACACUAUAAAGGAUAUUAUAUUUUGCUGUUUUAUAAUAUUGUGUACGAGUGAAAACCUGUGAUCAUUUUACCAUAGUUUUAAGCUGUUUUGGAGCCAGUGUUAGAACGUAGUUAAGAGUACGAAAUCAUGUGUUAUUUUAAGAAUAUAAAUACAGUGAAGUUUACCUUUAGAACAUAAAAAACAUUAUGAAUUUCUAUCAAAACUAGGCUGUAAUGAAACCUACUUAUGAGUACAUCAGCAAAGUCUUAAUCUGGCCUCGGGAAUAGGAGCAAUACUAAGUUAGAAGCUAUAUACUAGGCGUGCACCGCGGUUUUACUCGCAGACGAACGCAUGGGCAAAAGCAUGUAUUUCUUUAACUUAUGUGUUAUUCUGGUUCAUAUGCUACAAAAUUGUCUAGUAUCAGCAAUAUCCGUUAAGUGGCUUUUGCGUGAGUGUUACAUACCAUACAUGUGUUUGUUUGUGAAGAUGGGCCUCACAAACUUGUACGUUUAUAAUAUGUGUUAGUAGGAUUAACAGAAUUUUCUAUUUUCACUAUUUUUAGUUACCAUUCAAACAAAAUAUAGUAGUUCUUUUUUAAUAAUUGUAAUAUGUUUCAUUAUGUUUAUAUUGUAUAAUUUCUGCAAUAAAUGACAAUCCUUAAUUCUAGUUCUUUUAUGCACGUAGUUAUUACGGGUGUUGUUCAAGUGUGAUGUGACAAGGUUGAUUUUAAGAUAUUUUUGCAAUGGUUUGCACGCACAUAUUUUUUUAUGAUUUAAUGUUGUAGAGCUAGAACCAAGUUGAGUGUGUGUAUCAGGCCAUGUUGUUGCGAUUUAGAUUUAUGAUUUCAGAAGAAUAAUGCCGACUUAUUAUAACAUCCAUAUAAGGGGUGUGGUAUGAGAUAUAAGAAUAUUCAAAGGUUUGUGUUAAGGUUUUUAUACAAAUGUUAUGUACAAAAUUUAUAACAAAAUGUAGUCGCUAACGAAAGUCGAUUAGUUAUUAAGUUAAAACGCUUUUAUUAUUAAUAAUAUGCCAUCUAAUAAGUACAAAUUUUUAUGUCGACAUGUUUGUUUCUUUUUAUGUCGACAUGUUUAUUAUAAAAAUAUACCACAGUGAAUCCGAUUUUUUAUUUAAAAUAUUUAAAGACUGAACACUGAAGCGACUUUCGUUGCUGGCCAUACAUUUAAAAUAAAUAUACAUACUUUUUUA